UUUACAGAGUCGCGACCUCCACGGAAAAACUACAAUCAACUUUCAUCAAAUGAAAAACUUGACAACCGACAGCCAGAUGACAUUCACAUUGAAGAAGCCGAGGUGGAAUCGGAUGCGAGCAGCACCGAUUUGGACGAGAGGGACACGCGCGGCGUUUGCCCGCCUUGUGCGCAUGACCGAUACAACAACAACAUUCGUCGGCAUGCACAUGAUGACUUCAGUGAUGAUACAGAUUACGACGAGGCGCUAACGUGCAACGUGUGCGACCGUUCGUUCCCCACGCGCCGCCAGCUGGCCGACCACCAACAGAAGAAGAGGCACUUCGGCUGCAGCGCGUGCGACAGCCUGUUCCCGUCGCUGAUGGCCCUAGAGCACCACAAGGAGGAGUUCCAGCACUGGUCGGACUCGUCGUGCUGCUCGCCGUCCGACUCGGAGUCCGAGCCCGAAGCGCACGAUCGGCACCGCCUGCUCUAAUGCCACCACCUCAUUGUUGCCGGGGACAAGCCCGCUAAGCUGGGCACCUUCGUUUAAUGUCUUUGUAGAGCGAGCUGUAGACCUAAGAUGCGCGCCGCGAUAAGCGGUUAUCACGCCAUUUUAUCGAUUUUACCCAUACAU